AUGUACUUCUUCUUCCUGGCAGUGCCUCUCUCGUUGGUAGUCAUUGGUGUGAUCUAUUAUCAACGAGAAAAGCGAAGGGAGCAAGAAUACGAAGAACCGCCGGCUGAAGGAUAUUAUGUUUACCCAGCACCGCUUCCCCAUCAAAGCGCGCUCCACCCCAGCCAGUAUUGGAUGGCACCUGGGGCUGACCCCCAGGGAUAUCCAAACGAUCGACAAGCGUUUGCACCUCAGCCAGCGCCUUAUGAGGCCCCAUCCCGUCACCAAACGGCUCUGAUUCGGCCUCCGAACACGCCGGAGGUGCUCUCCAGCUUCCAUGAUUUGCAAAUCCAAACACCCGAAAAAAUCGCUCAGCCUGGACUACUUAACGCUUCGAACACCAUCGCGUCUGAAAAGAUGCUAGUCCGCGAUGAAUCUUGCCUCCUCCUCCCUACGCCAACACUCAACAAGGAGACGUUCUUCUCACCUAUGGACAAAGAUUCCAGUUGGGCGAAGCAGGAUGUCGAGUAUAUCGAUCAACUCCACUCAGCUCAUCAUACACCGCCUGAACUCUCGGCCCGCAAAGUUGGCAUUGAAGAGAGGUUAGCUGAUCGACCGAGGGAAGUGAAAGUGGGCACCAAAGAAUACAUCGGAGCGACGGUUCUUCCGGAAGAGAAAGGUGAUGAUUCGAUAAAAUCUGACUUGGGAAGGGAGUGCGCAUUUGGUUCAGAUUCGGUCGACAGUUUCCCGCUGAGUAUGGGGACGGUCGAGCCGGCUCGAGGGACAGGAGCGGCUUUGGGACGAGAGAUCACCGAGGAGAUGGUACCGGAGACGGCCCAAAUGGCCGUGCACGAGUCAGUUGAGGAAGAAUCAGGCUCGGUGGAGGCCGAGAACCAGCCUGAGCCGCUCCCCCGCUACACCUCCGCGGACGCCCAGAUCUUCGAACAGUUCAAGUAUAACCGGCUCUCGUUCAAACAGGACCAUAGCUAUAUCGGUCGACUGAGGGACAGCUACCAUCCGCCAGAAACUGUCUCGCAACCCACAAGAGUCAUCCGAGAUGACAACUUCUACCUCAAGCCCUCUCCACCCUGCAAUCCAGACCCAAAACCAUGA